UGAUCCACAAAAUGAAACCCUAGGGUUUUAUGAUACUUAUUCAUUUAUCCUGUCAUAAAGCCGCAUCCUAUUUCUUCUGGUGUAGUUUCGGCCUUCUCCCUGACCAUUCUCUCUCGUCCUCUGUACUCAGCCAUGGCCUUUGUGAAGGCACAAAAAACAAGAGCUUAUUUCAAGCGUUACCAAGUUAAGUUCAAGAGAAGAAGAGAUGGGAAGACCGACUACCGUGCCAGGAAUCGGUUGAUUAAUCAGGAUAAGAACAAGUAUAACACUCCCAAGUACCGCCUUGUUGUGCGAUUUACCAACAAGGAUGUAAUUGCACAAAUCAUUUCUGCGAGCAUUGCUGGUGAUCUUGUGCUUGCUUCAGCAUACGCACAUGAGUUGCCUCGCUAUGGUCUUGAAGUCGGGCUUACCAACUAUGCUGCUGCUUACUGUACUGGUCUUCUUCUAGCAAGAAGGGUUUUGAAGAAGCUUGAUAUGGACCAAGAAUAUGAAGGCAAUGUUGAGGCCUCAGGAGAAGAUUACUCUGUUGAACCAGGCGACACAAGGAGGCCUUUCCGUGCACUUCUGGAUGUUGGUCUUGUUAGGACAACUACUGGAAAUCGUGUUUUUGGUGCUCUUAAGGGAGCACUGGAUGGUGGCUUGGAUAUCCCUCAUAGUGAGAAGAGAUUUGCUGGCUUUGCAAAGGAUGGGAAGCAACUUGACGCUGAUGUCCACCGCAAGUACAUCUAUGGUGGGCAUGUUGCUGGAUACAUGAGGACUCUCAUGGAGGAUGAGCCCGAGAAAUACCAGACACAUUUCUGUGAAUACAUCAAAAGAGGUAUUGACCCUGAUAACAUGGAGGCAUUGUACAAGAAGGUUCAUGCUGCCAUUCGAGCUGAUCCAAGUGCCAAAAAGUCUGAGAAACAGCCACCGAAGGAGCACAAAAGGUACAACAAAAAGAAGCUGACCUAUGAGGAGAGGAAGAACCAAUUGAUUGAACGGUUGAAUAACCUAAACAAUGCUGCAGACGCUGAAGAUGACGACGACGAGGAAGAUGAUGAAUGAAAACCUCGUUACCAACUUAGGAAGUAAUGUGUUUUUAUUUUCUGCUGUUCAACUUAGGAACAUCAAGUUUUGUCGAGUUUGAUUGCAAUAUGGGCAUUUUUGCAGUGGUGCGCAUGUACUGCUUUGAGUAAUUUAAGAUAUAUGACACAAUUGAACUUUAAAGUAUUUGCCAUGGUUUCGAUUUGAAUCUGCACAUAAUUUGAUGUGCCAAUCAA